CGGUCCGUGCAUUCGCCCUCUCGUUCGUCCUCAGUGCAGGAUAACGAAAAUACGCGCUCAUCGCAAAACCUAAAACAGGCCACGUACGAUAAACUUAUUUACUAACACAGUAACGGUCACAAGUCGUUAAAAGACGGAAUAACCACGAAUAAAACUAAGGCUUGGACAAUCAAUCAUGGACGCCAUCAUUCGCUGCCCAUUCCUGUCUCGUGUCCCCCAAACUUUCCUGCAGCAGGCUAGAAAGUCCUUGGUAGCGUACGCAGUGAAGUGUCCUGUCAUGAUGGACCUUGCUUCAAGGCCAUUGGUUCGUUCUGUCUGCACGUCUUCUGCCAGCUUUCAGAAGGUCGAAAAUACAACCCCGACCAAUGAGGAGUCAAAAGAUGCCCCCAAAAUGCCUGUUGGCCACCCCAUGCCUCCAGCAGGUCAAGCAGGAGCCUCUAAAUGCCCCUUCCUGGCUGCAGAAAUGGGCCAGAAGAACAGCGGUGUGGUUCGGGAAGUCAGCAUGGCACUCCAGGAAGACGUCUCAGAAAUACGCACCGUCUCCAAAGAUGUCCAAGACACCAAGGUUGGAGGGAACCUUAUGAGGAAGCUGAUGAAACAGCGCCCCACCAGUGUCUCUCAUUUGCUGCAGGAGAACAUGCCCAAGACCGUCUCCAACUUUCGUUACGAUGAGUUUUUCGAGAAGAAAAUCGAGGCCAAAAAGAAUGAUCACACAUACCGUGUGUUUAAAACUGUAAACCGAAGAGCUACCGAGUUCCCAAUGGGCGACGAUUAUACCGAGUCUUUCAAGAGAAACGUCUCAGUGUGGUGCAGCAACGACUAUCUCGGCAUGAGCCGCCAUCCACGAGUUGCGCAAGCUGUAAUGAAAACUUUACAAAAACAUGGUUCAGGAGCUGGAGGAACUCGAAAUAUAUCCGGGACGAGUAAGUUUCACGUGGACUUGGAGCACGAGCUUGCCGAUCUUCACGGGAAAGACGCUGCUUUGUUGUUUACCUCCUGCUUUGUGGCCAAUGACUCCACACUUUUUACCUUGGCAAAAAUGCUGCCAGGUUGUGAGAUCUACUCAGAUGCAGGCAACCAUGCCUCGAUGAUACAGGGCAUCAGGAACAGCGGCGCCAAGAAGUUUAUCUUCCGUCAUAAUGACGCCAACCAUUUGCGAGAGCUUCUGGUGAAAUCUGACCCUUCUACUCCAAAGAUUGUCGCCUUUGAGACCGUGCACUCAAUGGAUGGUGCUGUGUGUCCACUGGAGGAGAUGUGUGAUGUCGCUCACGAGUUUGGUGCUAUAACCUUUGUGGAUGAGGUUCAUGCGGUGGGACUGUACGGAAGCAGAGGGGGUGGCAUUGGAGAUCGGGAUGGUAUUAUGCACAAGAUGGACAUCAUCUCCGGAACACUCGGUAAAGCCUUUGGCUGUGUUGGAGGCUACAUUGCCAGUACCAACGCCUUAGUCGACACGGUCCGUUCCUAUGCUGCUGGCUUUAUUUUCACUACAUCCCUACCACCCAUGCUGCUCGCCGGUGCCCGCGAGUCCAUUCAGAUCCUGAAGAGUGAGGAAGGUCGAGCACUGCGACGCAAACAUCAGCGUAACGUUAAGCUGUUGCGUCAGAUGCUGAUGGAUACCGGCCUGCCUGUAGUCCACUGCCCCAGUCACAUUAUUCCUGUCAGAGUUGCAGAUGCAGAGAAGAACACAGAGGUCUGUGACAUAAUGAUGAGUCGCUACAACAUCUACGUCCAGGCCAUUAACUACCCCACCGUGGCACGAGGAGAAGAGCUCCUCCGGAUCGCCCCAACACCACAUCACACGCCACAGAUGAUGAAAUACUUUGUCGAUAAGCUAACCCAGACCUGGAAGGAGGUGGGUCUAGAGCUGAAGCCACACACUUCCGCCGAGUGCAACAUGUGUCGGCAGCCGCUGCAUUUUGAGGUGAUGAGCGAGAGGGAGAAAGCCUACUUCAGGGGACUCAGUCAACCCAUUAUGGCCUGCGGUUAACGCCCGCCUUCAUCCAGCAUUAUGCAUUCCUCACAGAUAUGUUAGCGUCUGACGUACCAUAAAUGAUCUCUAUUGUACAUCAGAUCCUGUAUGAGAAAAUAAAUCUAUAGAAAAAAUUA